ACAGUAUCUAAUAUUUUUUGAGUUUCUAAUAUAUAUCAGGCACCUUUCGAGGCUUUUUACAUGAACAAACUCAUGAAAUCCUCAGAACAUCAUGAGGUAGGUAUUAUUACUGUAUUACUCUUUCCAUCUUGUGGACCCUUAGGGAAGGUUAAGUAACAUGUUCAAGGUAACACAACUUACCAUUUUCAGAGCUGUGAUUUGAACUCUGGAGCUUGUUUGUGCCCUUAACCACACCAACAUUCCCAAGCCAAUUGUUCUUAACUCUGGGGGGUCCUGUGCCUCCUAGAGAGUGUAAUUUGAGCUCUGGUCCCCCUCCCUAGAAAAAUGCAUUUCAGCAGAAUUUUGCAAAAUAUUUCAGAAACUUCAAGGACCCCCAAAGCCCAUUAUCUAUCGGCCUUACACAUACCCGGAGGAAGUGUCCAGAGACCAAAAGAGAAGUGGCGCCAGCGCCGCAGGGCUUCGCCUCUGCAAGCGCGAGAGGAGAGAUGAGCUGCGUGGUGUAAGGGGGAUGCUGGGUCAGUGAGAAUCAGGAACCGUGAGCUCCUGGGACCGCAAUGCCCUGAGAGCGCAGCUGGGUCGUGAAGCUCCAGAGUCCAGGAGCCGCAUAAGAUACGCACGGACCGCCGGCUAGACUGAAAUCUUGCAUCCCUCCCCACGUCCUGGAGUCACGAGACAGGGGACUCAGAGAGGACCAGAUCUCGGAACUCUGCUGCCGGGCGCGCAGGGACCGCAUCACUGUUCCUGGUGCUGAAACGCCGCGGCCGCCUGCACGCCGGUACCCCGCCGCAGCGGCUGCGGGAGCUGUCCAGUUCUGAACCGGAUGCGGCCCGGCCCGCGGGACUUGGACCCGAGCCUGCCGCACCCCGCGGAGCCCGGACGGAGCUUCUAAGAGCGCUGACGCAGAACGCUGGGAGAGCAGGGAGCAGCAGGCUCCAAGCUGGGCAUGGACCUGCAGAGACUCGACUCCUACCAGGGUGGAGCUGGCCCCGACUUCCAGGAGCACGUCCUGCAUAAGACCAUCCUGGUGGGCGACAGCGGCGUGGGGAAGACAUCUCUGCUGGUUCAGUUCGACCAGGGCAAGUUUAUUCCCGGCUCCUUCUCGGCCACCGUGGGCAUCGGAUUCACAAACAAGGUGGUGACCGUGGAUGGAGUGAGGGUGAAGCUGCAGAUCUGGGACACCGCAGGGCAGGAGCGCUUCCGCAGUGUCACCCACGCUUAUUACCGAGAUGCCCAGGCCUUGCUCCUGCUGUAUGACAUCACCAACAAAUCUUCCUUCGACAACAUCCGGGCCUGGCUCACUGAGAUUCACGAGUACGCCCAGAGGGACGUGGUGAUCAUGCUUCUAGGCAACAAGGCGGAUGUGAGCAGUGAGAGGGUGAUCCGUUCAGAGGACGGAGAGAUGCUGGCCAGAGAGUACGGAGUUCCCUUCAUGGAGACCAGCGCCAAGACCGGCAUGAACGUGGAGUUAGCCUUUCUGGCCAUUGCCAAGGAGUUGAAGUACAGAGCCGGGCGGCAGGCCGAGGAACCCAGCUUCCAGAUCCGAGACUACGUGGAGUCCCAGAAGAAGCGGCCUGGCUGCUGUCCUUCUUGUGACUCCCCAGGGCCUGGGAGGCAGCCCCAGAGGCCCACCAGGACGCAGCCUGCUCCCUCAGACCUGAUUUCUUCAGAGCGGUUGAGCCAAUGGGGAGAGAGCUGGGGGACCCAGUGCACAGCCCCUCGGUCCUCCCGCCCCUACCCCAGUGCCCGUAGCUUCUCUGCGUCCCCAGGGAGGGUAAAGUAUUUAUAUGUCAUUUUAAUGAUACCGAAUGAUAUCGAAAGGGCACCAUAAAACUGAAAAAGGGACCCGGUGGCCCUUUUGCCUUCUACUCCUAGGACUUGGGGGCCCAGGCCACCCUCCUAGCCACGGGGAGGGUGGUAUUGCUCCAGCUCAGCACCAGGGGGCAGUGAUGCACUUCUGGGGCAUGAGGGCAGCUAGUGACCCCGUUCCCAACCUUCAGCUGACAAGAGGCUGAGCAGACCCAAGCCUUCAUUUCCUCAACUCCCCAGAGAACAAUCUUCCCCAGUAAAACAGGGCCUUUGUCCUGGGAGCAAGAUCAAAGCCUGGGGGGCAGAUAAGAGAUGUGUAGAUUGGGCCCCGGCUCCCUGGGAGAGGGAAGAAUGGAGUAGCAGAGAUUAGGUCUGUCUGUUGGCUACCUCUGGCCUUCCUGGCCCCUCCCCCACUCUGGGAGGUGUACCCCUUCUCCUCCAGCCCACAAGCAGCUAUAGUGCUUCUAUUGGAUAAGAGCCAGAUCGAGAGAAAGCCCUGGCUCCCGGAGCAGGUGGCAGGCAGACGCGAGCAAACUUCACCCCCUGUGUAUCCCCCAAGUGCCGCCUCCUCCUUGACCACCCACACCCUCUUCUUCCCAGACAGCCAUCAGGGCCCUAACUGCUUUGUCUCCCUUUCUACUGAGCCAGGUUAGUGAGUAAGAGGUCAUCCCUCAUCCGUUCCUGGGGUAUGCGAAACAAGGUCAUGUCAGGUGGCUAAGACUUGGGUGGGGAGAGGGGCAGCAAGGAGUUUUUGUGGGGCCAAGGUCACAUGUCUCCCAAAGCCCUGACCCCAGCAAGGGGAAGAGGGCAGGAGACACGCAGAUUAUGACCUAGAGGCACCUUUGCUUGAGCUCUUGACGCCAGGGGCAGGGGAGCGGGGUGAGAAAGGUAUGCGCUGCACAUUUCUCAGGCUACUGCGUUUGCUUUCAAGGCAGAAAUCUUGCUCUCUGAGCAGAGUCAGCAGCUCUGAUGGGCCUGACAGGCCGAUAAGGAAGCUCUCCGAGGCCUCUCCCAGGCAGAGCAGGGAGGAGCCUGACCUUGCAGGGGAUCUUCUGGGGCACAAGGCAGGUCGCAGACAAUCCAAUCACCUAGGCUGCUCCGGGCCUUUAGCAUUUGUGUAUUCCAGAAUUAAACUACAGUAUUUUGGAAAGUA